GCGGAAUGCAGCGGCCGGAGGCCUGGCCACGUCCGCACCCGGGGGAGGGGGCCGCGGCCGCCCCGACUGGGGGCCCGGCGCCGCCCGCCCGAGCUGGGGAGCCCGCGGGGCUGCGGUUGCAGGAACCUUCCCUCUACACUAUCAAGGCCGUUUUCAUCCUAGAUAAUGACGGACACCGCCUGCUGGCCAAGUAUUAUGAUGACACAUUCCCUUCCAUGAAAGAGCAGAUGGCCUUCGAGAAAAAUGUCUUCAACAAGACCAGCCGAACUGACAGUGAGAUUGCAUUUUUCGGGGGCAUGACCAUCGUCUACAAGAGCAGCAUUGACCUCUUUCUGUAUGUGGUGGGCUCAUCCUACGAGAACGAGCUGAUGCUCAUGUCUGUUCUCACCUGCCUGUUUGAAUCCCUGAACCACGUGCUAAGGAAGAACGUGGAGAAGCGCUGGUUGCUGGAGAACAUGGACGGAGCCUUCCUGGUGGUGGAUGAGAUUGUGGAUGGCGGCGUGAUUCUGGAGAGUGACCCUCAGCAAGUGAUCCAGAAAGUGAAUUUUAGGGCGGAUGACAGCGGCUUGACUGAACACAGUGUGGCCCAGGGUCCGCACUGAGGUUGUUAAGAGACACUUAAAUCCACCAUGGGAUCUCAUUCUCACCGCUGGCACAGCCAGUUUGGGCUGCACCUUGUCCCCGAGUGACCUGAGUGUGGAAAAGUCCAUGCCCGCCAGUCCCCUGCAUGGUCCUAUCUGAGGGUGCAUGUGGGACAGGGCUGAGGUUUCCAGAUCUACGGCCUGACUGGUUUCCCAGCUGCCCAAACUUCCUACUUGUCAGGCUUGACCUCCAUUCUGUCUACCCGCAGGUCUCUCUGCCCAGACUAAUCCUGCUUUUAUGGAGCUUCCUGCCCUGGCACUAACUUCCUCGUGCUGUAGUGGCCAACGCUGAGAUGGGCCCAUGCCAUUUCAUGUGGGGCUCCAGGUGUGGUGCCCUUUGCUGUACCUGCCCUUCAUGCUCACGCGGUCUCUCCCUUCCCCGUUCUCCUUGCCUCCUCCUACCCUGAUGAGAUGAAUGCAGCCGCAUGGCAAUUUUCAGGGCUAAAGAGGUUAAGGGGCCAUGAGCAGAGCAGAUAAGAACAGGGGCACUGGUGUGAGUCGCCCAAAG